ACUAUAGUACGCUAAAAGACACGGAAACUGCUUUACACAUACUAACUAGUACAGAAGUAUUCAGGAAGUCAGUGUUUGGGCCCAGAAAGUAUUUGUGCUGAUAGCCGUUAGCGCUACAGUGCAGUUCAGUGAAUAAAAAGCUUUCCAUAGGCACUGAAUGUUAGUUAGUAUCUAAAGUUUAGUUUUAUUGUAGAAACGUCGACUAGGCGCUUAAUUUAAAAGUCUUCCAGUUAUUCAGCUAAUGUUUAUUAUUUGUGUCGUGAUGUGUAGCUUCCAGCUCGGUGUGUGCUAGUGAGAGACGUGUUGAGUGUAAAACAGAUUCACGUCAUGCCUCGGAGAAAAAGGAGCACAGUGCGGAGUGAGAGACGGAGAAAAGUUUGUCGGAGAGACAACAAUAACGACCAGGAGGAAGAGGAAGAGGAGGAGGAUAACACAUUGGUUAUCUCUGACUCUGAUAGUGAUGAAGAGGAAGAAGACAGUGCCAAGAAAGUGAGUCUGAGAGCAGCGCGACGCCUAGAGAGGGAAAAGAAGGAACAUGUACAAGACAUGACUGAGGAGGAGAUGUUGGAUCUAGCUUUGAGACUCAGUAAACAAGAGGCAAACUGUGCAACCCAGAGAGAACAAGUGGAAGAUGACGACAUGAGAAAAGCCAUGGCAGAAAGUCUUCAGUCAGUCGGCUGCAGUCAAGCUUCAGAAACGAGCUUCAAACGAGUCCGGUCCGCGCCGAAGCCUCACCAAGACCGAGACGCCGUAUCGGCACACGUUCGAUGCAAGCUCUCCUUUUCGAGUAAGGACAAGAAAGCCGGCGUGAGCAUAGACGACGUUCCAAAUGCACAAGCAAGCGCUUUAAAAAGUUCCGAGGAGGACGGAGCGCUUCUGCCGAUGCCUGAUCUGUCUCAGGGGACGUUAUCGCGACCUUCGCCUCCGAGUCCGACCCUCCCCUCUGUGCCUUCUGCAGAUUCUCAAGAAUCCUGCUCUUCACGUCUGGCUAAACAGGAAUUUGACGCACACCGUCCCGAGGAUGCGUCUUCGCAGAGCGACGCUCCGCUCGAGGGGUCGCCCGUCUUCCUCCGUCAUUGCAGCGUAAGACUGAACCAGAACGUUCUGAGCUCAAGCAGAUCCUUUAGGAUUUCCUCACAUACGACCAACAGCGCUCUCGGCUCAACCAGCCCGAACCCAAAGUCCCAAAGCAGCCCGCUUCCUCCCAAAAGCCCCGUUUUUCCUAAAACUGACUUAAAGAGAUGCACUCAAUUAACACGGGGUAAAUUUAGCGAUUCCCACAGCAGCCGUUCAGACGGCGUACGCAAACCCGAAGACGCGUUUCAAGAAUCCUCCAGCCGUAAAUGCAGAGAUUCCCCGAAACGCCUUUCACGCGGCAAGAAAGCUCCGUCGUCAUCACGCGCCUCGGCGCCCGAAGACGACAGUCAGGAAGCUGGCAAGGUGAAGGAACAAGCGAAGGAAGAAUCCUCUCGAGGAACCGGAUUAAGAACUGUGUCAGACAGAGCACCGACGUUAGACACGUCUUCUCCUGCAGACGGCUGUCCUACGGAUGGGUUAAUCAGUCACAUGGUCCUUCUUCUGUCAGAUGAUGAUGAUGAUGAUGACGAUGAUGACAAGAUUAUUCAUCCGAGCCCGGUCUUCCCUCAGGGCCGUGCUUCGUGCGCAGGCAAGCCGAAGCUCUCGCCGACGCAACUCUGCCCUUCCUCACCCUCAGCCAUCACCACACCAGACUCAAAUCACACCAAAUCCUCUUCCCAGGUUCAGUCUGAGCAGCCUAAUGUGUCCAGGAAGUCCUCUGACUCCAGACUCUCUUCAGCAGCCGAAGGGAAGGAUAUAGGUGUUGUAUCGUACUUCUGGGGCAUCCCGUUCUGCCCCAAGGGGCAAAGCCCAGACGAUUACACCCGAGUCAUCCUCACCCAGCUGGAGGUGUAUGAGAAGAGCCUGAAAGAGGCCCAACGACGGCUACUGCACAAAGCCGACUGGGGCCUUCCUGUGUUCCCGUGUCCGGUAGAGCGGCCACACGGCAGGAGACUGAAGCGACACCGAGCCCCUCGGCUUCUGGACGAAGACGAGGAAGAAGAACAAGAAGAAGACGAGGAGAAGGAAGAGGUUCAGGGUCGAGACGAGGAAGAAAAAGAGAAAAAGAAAAAAGUGGAACGUAAGAAAAGAGAAGACUCUCAGUCCUGUUCGGAAGAAGGAGCGCAGAACGGUCAGCACGAAACCUACGUCGUCGUGUCCUCCCCUGAGACGCAGGAGGAGCUCGGGCAGAAAUCACCCUUAAUGCUUGGGCAAAAAGAGUCUACAAAUCCAGCGAAACCUUCCAGUUGCAGGAAACUUAUUCCUCAGGACCUUUCAGAAGACACUCAGAUACAGUCAGAGCCCGAUGAGCUCGGAGAAGAGGUUCAGGACGGAAGUUUCGACAUGGAGGGCGCCGUGUGUCCAGAAACCCAGAUGACACCAGAGCUGAUGGUGACCAGUCCUGCACAGUCAAACGCUGACGGCAUGGAGGUGGACGAAGUGACCGAGUCACCCCCUGAAGCUGACCUGGGAGAGAGGAUGGAGCAGGAGCGCCCAGGUGAGGAGCCGUCGUGGAUGGAGUCAGUUCCUUCUCAGGUGGAGUGUCCCAUGUGCACUCGCCUCUUCCCUCUCAGUAAGAUCGAGGUGCACGCGGCCUACUGUAACGGCGCCGUGGAGGAGCAGGUCCAGGAACAGCAGGACAACCUUUCACAAGCGAGCGCUAGACGGAAGAUCACGAGAAGAACAACGGAGGACGACGUGACGUUUGAGAAAUCAGAGCAGCGAGAGAAAUGCUUCUUGUGUAAAAAGUUUUUCACGACUAAGGAGUACAGACAUCAUGUGGAUCAGUGCAUUCAACAGAAAGCGCUCGGACCAAAGCAGGGAAACGGCUUGCUGUCUGCUUUAAAUCGGACAGAAACGGUGCAUCUGGAUGACAGCAGAGCUGGACCCUCUAAUACUACUGCAAGAAACAGUCGCAGCCUCGCAGACACGUCCGUGACGCCUGGUGACAGCUCGGACUCUCAAGCUUCUGGUUAUUACGUCAGCUCGUCUCCUAUCAAAUCCUUCACUCCCAUAUCAGAAAUCACCGACUGCCUCAUAAACUUCCGGCAGCAGUACUCGGACCGGACCAGCCAGAGACUCGGGAGGAAGAGGAAAUUCAAGAGAUAGCAUUAUAAAAAUAUACUCCAAAGCAUCGAUUAUUGCUUUCCUUUUAUACCAAGGCUACAUUGUGUGCCAUUUUUAUGUUAUUUCUAUAUUAUAUUCUAAUUAAUAUCAUUAAAUGAUCCAGUAAUGUUAUUUAAGGUGCCUUGUUAUUUUGAAUUUUGUAGAGAUAUUAUGUGAUGAUGUACGAGGCAGAAAAAAAAAGAGAAACCGUUGAUGAAACAUUUUUAUAACUGAUAAUAUAAAAUCCAUAUACAAUAAAAUGAUUUUGCUCGUUUAA